AAUCAUAUUGCGCGUCAGGGUUUUCCUGACAUAGGAUUGGUUCACACACCCGUGCAGGGCGGGACUUUGCAGGUCACCGAUAAGUUGACAAAAUGGCGGACUGUGAUGUUGCACACAUGACUUAUAAAGCGUUUUAUUUGCUCUAUAAAUAUGAUCAAUUUAGUCUUAUUAUGUUAAACAUAUGUAUGUUUAUAUAUUCCCAAAUCAUUUUAUCGAUACGUUUGGGUUAACGUUACUUUAUUGAGACAGAUCAAUGUCUUCGGGCAGGCUAUACUUACCCUUUAUAAAGUCGUGUUUAUUUUCACCUUACCUUGACAUUAUUACCAUACCAAGUGUUCAACUUUUCACCUCUGUGUUUAUCUGUCUUUACUGCCUGUAACCAAUGAGUGAACUCCUGUAAUCUCUGUCUUAUCAGGUCACAUUCUGACUACAACUGAAAUACCCGGUAUUUAAUUGACCGAAAGAUCGUAGGGAAUUAAUCGGUUAUUCCUACUGAUACACAUAUGUUGAUGAUGUCGGGCGUGUUUUUAAAGAAUACACAUGAAAUGCUUUGAGAUGCUGUACCAGGUGAAAGUAAUGUAAGUACAACAAUUAAGUGUGUAAACCGUACAGUUUUCCCCUCAAACGUAUUUUGGGGGAAUCUUGCCCUCUUGUGGUAUUUUAAUGUCAUUGCUCUUAAAAGCCCAUAGUUUCAAUAGUUUUUGUUUGACAGGAUUGUUAUAGAAUUGCUUUAAACCAAAUAAGCUAAUAAUUUUUAUUUAAUUAUUUGCUUGGAUGUUUGUUUGAUUUUUUUCUGCUUUGAUUGAAUGUUUGUACAUGAGGAGUGACUUUUAUUACAAUUACUGUACGAAUUUAAUAUAAAGGCGUAAUGCAUUUGAAAACCGAGGGAAAUUUCUAAUCAAACAAUGACAAGAUCUUAGUUUAUAAAAUUAAAUUACGUAAAAUGACGUACGGCCUAUCUGCGGUUCAGCCAACGUAGGCGAUAAAUAUUAAUUAGGUGGCAACACGUGACUGGGCGAUACCGGAAGUUUACCAGGCAACCAAAUGCAUAUUUAUGAGCUCGGGCACCGAGAAAGGAUGCUGCAGGAUCCGCUGACGUCACGCAGCAGGAGUGAGUUAGGGUGAGUUUCUCCAUCCUAGAGAUGGCGUCCCAACACCCAUGAUUAAGCAGAAAAAGAAGAGAAAGAAAAGAUGCGAGGCCCUGAACUCCACCUGCUUCUUAGGACGGCGGUGUUUGUUUUUCAUUCGGCAUAAAUUCGGAUUUACAUCGGGGUUGAUUUUGUUGUUAAUAUGUCUGGAUCAUUGACUUUCUAUUGGAGGUUCGGAUAAGGUGCCUUCUCUCCAUCCACCCAUCCAUUCAUCCACUCGAGAGGAAGGUGGAGGGUCCGGGCGAUGGCUGCUGGAGGAGGUGCGGGAGGAUGCGGGGAGUCGGUGGAUAAUUACCGGGCGGAGGUUGAGCGGCUGACCCGGGAGCUGGCGGAGGCGAACCGGGAGAAGGUCCGGGCGGCGGAGUGCGGUCUGGUGGUGCUCGAGGAGAACCAGACACUGAAGCAACAGUAUGCGGAGCUGGAGGCCGAGCAGGAGACACUGAGACAGGAGCUGGAACAACUGCAGGAGGCCUUCAGCCAGGCAUACACCACUCAAAGGAAGGUGGCUGAAGAUGGUGAGAGCAACGAGGAGACGCUGUUGGAGGAGUCGGCCACUAAGGAGGCGUACUACAUGGGUCGCCUGCUGGAGCAACAGACCGAGUUGAAGAACAGCCGAUCGCAUGCGUCCUGCACGCAGGUUGAGAACGAGAGGCUUACGGACAUCUUACAGGAACUUCGAGAGAAUAACGAGAUGUUGGAGCUGCAGAGAAGCCGUAUGAGAGAGGAGAUCAGAGAGUAUAAAUUCAGAGAAGGCAGAAUGCUGCAGGACUACACAGAACUGGAAGAAGAGAACAUCUCUCUGCAGAAACAGGUGUCUACACUGAAACAGAACCAGGUUGAGUAUGAAGGCUUGAAGCAUGAAAUCAAAGUUCUAGAAGAGGAAACGGCCCUGCUUAACAGCCAAUUAGAAGACGCGUUGCGCUUAAAAGACAUCUCCGAGAGCCAACUGGAAGAGGCUCUGGACGCUCUGAAAAACGAACGAGAGCAGAAGAACAUUCUGCGGAAGGAAUUAGUGCAUCAUCUCACCGUGUGCGACGGGGUCUUUAGUUCCGGCUGCAUUCAUCUCAUCGCUCUGAGCUCAGCACCACCAAGUGGCAGCGCCUCCCCGACGACCGCAACCUCGCCCACCAGUGAGGAAGGUGGAGGGAAAUGCAACGGGCAUUUGUUGCAGGGCGCGACAGGUUCCGUACUCAACCGUCUGAACAGCGAUUUCAGGUCGACAGGUUUGAGGAAGGGUGAAAUUUUGACCCCUGACCUUUACAGUGAACUCAACGGUCCAGAGAUGCAAAAACUCAAACAACAGCUGCAGCAGGUGGAGCGAGAAAAAGCAUCAUUGUUGAGCAGUGUGCAGGAGUCACAGACCCUCCUCCGUCACACACAAGGGGCCCUUACAGAACAACACGAUAGGGCCAAUCGCCUGGUGGAGCGUUUCCGAAAACUUCGCCGUCAGCGCAACAGCAAAGAGAAGGAGGAUGAGGGUGAUGAAGAGGAGACUGCUUGUGUCUCCGGGGACCAGGAGGGGCCCAGUCUGGAGUUGCUGCAGUGCAAGUACAAGGUAGCAGUGAUGGAGGUGGUUGGAUUAAAAGCAGAGCUCAAGGAAGUUAAAGAAACAUAUAAUGAGUUGGUGGAGGCCAGGGCGCGGUCAGAGGAACAGGGACAGGCCCAGCUGCAGGCGUUGGAGACUCAGGUGGUGCAGCUGGAACGCAGCUGCCGAGAGGGCCGAGAGAAGGCGGUCAGUCUGGAACGUGAGCUGCAGGCAGCCAACAUCACGGCCUCGGAGGCCCAUGGAAUUCUGGGAAAUGCCCAAGACGAGCUGGCGACAUUCAGCGAGGAGUUAGCCCAACUUUACCACCAUGUCUGCCUGUGCAACAACGAGACACCCAACCGCGUUACGUUGGACUAUUAUCGCCAGGGCAGGACCCUCACACGCAUUUCCAACGUUGGCCUCAAGGGGUCAGACGAUCACCGAGUGCUGCUGACGCCACGGCUGGCACGCCGUUUAGCGGCUAUCAACGCCGCGACGUCCGAGUCACGAAGCCCAUCCAACUCACCGUCCAAAGAGCCUUCCACUGCUGAGCAGAGCCCGGUUCGUACGCCGCUGGGCUCGCCCGUCGUUAGUGCCUCCUCUUCUUCAUCAUCUUCAUCUCCAGCACCCGAGUUGGCCACGGGUUCCGACCCACGCCGCGAGCCUACCAACAUCCACCACCUCAACGCCAUCAUCCGCGAUCAGAUCAAGCACCUUCAGAAAGCGGUGGACCGUUCGCUCCAGCUGUCCCGUCAGCGUGCGGCCGCCAGUGAGAUCGCCCCGCUGAUGGACAAAGAUAAAGAGGCCUGCAUGGAGGAGAUUCUUAAACUCAAAGCCAUUCUGAACACCAAGAGAGAGCAGGUCGCAACGUUGCGCCUUGUGCUCAAAGCCAACAAGCAGACGGCGGAGGGGGCGCUGACCAACCUGAAAAGUAAGUACGAGAAUGAGAAGACCAUGGUGACGGAGACCAUGAUGAAGCUUAGAAAUGAACUGAAGGCUCUUAAAGAGGACGCCGCCACCUUCUCGUCUCUGAGAGCCAUGUUUGCCACACGGUGCGACGAGUACGUUAUUCAGCUGGACGAGAUGCAGAGACAACUCGCGGCGGCCGAAGACGAGAAAAAGACGUUGAAUUCCCUCCUCCGCAUGGCCAUCCAGCAGAAACUUGCCCUCACCCAGAAACUAGAGGACCUGGAGUUCGACCAAGAGCAGUCGCACCGCACCCGCGUCACCAAGACUUCCAGGUUGAGGACCCCCGCGCCCAAAGUAAGUGCCACCCGUGUUCCGCCCCUCCCCGACACCCCCAUGACUAUUACAGAGGUGCUUACAGCAGCGGCUGCCAUAACCUCGCCCACCACUCAGAAUACACCCAGCUUCACCCCGACACAACCCUCUGCCCCCAACAGCCCGCCCUCAUUGGAGGCCCCUUCGUCCCCUUCCAUCUCCUCAUCCUCUUGGACCCCCCCGACAACACCCUACCGCCAGGGCGUGUCUCAUUGGACGAUGGGAGUCCGGGCGUACGUUGUCCAGCCACACCCUUUCAGUGUGGACUACACCCAGCUGCCUACUCAUUCCUCCAUUCUUGCUCGCCGCUACGCCAGCGAGUCGCACUAUUCCCCGGGCACUGCCCCGUCCUCGCCUUAUCGCUCGCCCCACUAUUCCCCGGGCACCGCCCCUUCCUCGCCUUAUCGCUCGCCCCUGUCAGCCACUCGCCGCCCCAUGUGGAGCUCUUCCCAAUCUCGCCCCCUUCCCAGCCACCUGACCCGCUCCACAUCACGAUACACGUCCCCGUCGUCCGCCUACACCCCGCUGUAUCCCAGAAACUACAGCUCCCAGCAUCCCCGGUACUGACAAACGGUGGGUGGAGCAGAGAGGAGGACACACUGGUUUGAAUGUGUUUUUUUACUCAGGGAUUUUAAUGGAGCACAAGUGACCCGGCCGCCUUCACACGAGACUGUUGAUCAGUUCUCAGGACACUGUGUUCUGUCAAAGACCCGGCAAACUCUGUGACUGCAUGUGGACUUUACAGACAGCAGGAUCACAGAAACUUUUAGAUCAUUUCAACAGGAAGUUGACUGUUUGUGUUGCAGGUUGAUAGCGUGUUUCAGGGUGAACGUGUCAUUGUCACAAUAGUCGUCAUGUGCAGAUAUUUGAGACCUUUUCAGUCUGUAACAUUAAAACAUUUGCAACACAUCAGUCAGUCCGUUACUCAUACAGCAACGAUAAAUGAAGGAUUAUUUUAAGUGAUGAUCAUAUUGGUUUUAAUUUGCCUACAGCUGUAUUCAGACUGGAAUACUAGCAUACAUUUUCAUCUUUUUUAAACAUGAAUUGUACGAUUGUAAAUUAUAAAUGGGUUUUCACAUUUUUAAUAUAAUUUGACGUAAAACACUACACAGUGUGCUCUGCUUGUAUACUUCACGUUUUGGCAAAUAUUGUAGCAAAUGCAUUGGGGUUUCAUUCAUACUCAAUAUUCUCAUACUCUGCAGAAGGAGUUUGAGAAGUAUGGCAGUAUGCCAUUCUGAACACAGCUGUAGUUUAUGUCGGCGCAGUGCCAUCUAGUGGAUAAACAGUGCUAACUACGUUACAUGAAUGUGCAAAAAAUCAGGUUCAAAAUAUGAGAGACACCAUUUUAUGUCUCAGUACAAGUCAGACUGUUCCUGGUUCAGAUGUUAAGAGAUUACGUUUCAGAGAUUGAACAGAGUAGAUGAUUCAAAUGAGCGAUUAUGGGAAUGUGAUGGUAAAUGGAUGCGAUGCAAAAGUCUAGAUGACUCUCUCAGGGAAUUUCAUUCAUUUAUCAUUAUAGUGAUCUUUAAAAAUCACAUUCAUUUACAGCACAUGUCAUGUGACGCAGUGAUUUACAGUAUAUGUGUGUAACACAGUGCUUGUAUGAAAGCAGAAAUUCUGCUGUCUGUGUUCCUGUAAAGACUAAAGACGUCAGUUUGUUCUGUCAUUUUCUCAUCAUUUCUACUAUUGUUUUGUUUAACUCUUCCCCUUAUUUUUUGUUUGCUUUGUUUUGUUUAUCAUUUGUUGAAAUUGUUUACAAACGUCAUACUCUAUAACCCACAAACAAAUACUCUGAUGCUGUCGAACAGCCCAGGAAGUGUCAUAUGGAGAAAGGCACCUGACAUUCAUAUCUCGCACCUGUGUCCUUUCAUUACUACACCAAAGACGACACUGAUGGGCACAUGAGCCUCUAGAGCCAUAUCACACACAACACACACGAUCACACACAUUCACACAUUACGCCUGAAGCCAGAAGCAUUUGACGGGUAUCAAAACCCAAACCCUGUCCCAUCAUUUCCCUGCAUGCUAUUUCUGAUCAACAUCACUUAUUCUACAGUUGCAGUGACGGAUGAUAUUACUUUCAGAUGGUAAAAAUAGAGCAGUAGUUAAAGUACUUUAAACUCAUAACAAUGCAAAUCUUAUCCUAGUUUGUUUUUAGAUCACUUAUUUUUUAAUCGAGAUAAAACGAAAAAAAGAUGACAUGUCACUGCAAAUGUACAAUGACACUCUUCUAAAUCCUACUUUAAAUUAAACAUCCUAGUGUUUACAAUUAGCCAAAUAUGUUUUGUUAAUGCUCACACAAGCCUUGGUAUUGCACGAAGUUGUGUGGGGUUUAAAAUUUAGUUUAAUUAUUUUCUUGGUUUGUUAUAGAAAUUAUACUUGCAAGUUUGAAAGAUCGUUCCUAGAUUGAGUGAAACAGUCUAAGCAGAUAUAUCAUGUUUUUUUAUGUGUAUGAUUUUCCAUUAAAGAAGCUGGCUGUAGGACGUGAAUCUGGAACCGAUGAAAAGGUGAAUUGGCAUUAGAUUUGGAUCACACAGACGGCUGUCUAUAAAUCUCAUUGUGUUCAGGUGAAGAAGGUUUAGGGAAUCUUAAUGUAGAUCCCUUGUGUGCUUUAACACGGGAUAGAAACCUUGUGAACCUCCUCUCUGUUCUGUCUCACACCUGCACACACACAUGAUCACAUGAUCAUGUCUUCACCUGCGUUAACACUCGCACCACCGACACCGUCUCAUUGUGACUGACAUCUGGGAAACCUGUCAAAUGCUUCCUGCUGCCUUUAUUUCCACUUCCUCUAUGAUUUCUCCUCAUUCUUCAUCCCGUCUCAGAUGAAUGUUUUCUACUGCGUUUUACUGAUGCAACACAGUAUCAGACUGUUAUUGUGCUAUCACUGAAUGUACAUGUAUGCUGUCAUAUGCAUGUGUAUAGAGGGUAAAACCACUGUAUAUAUCUGUUGUUAUUUAGAAAGUAAUGCGCUGUAUAUUCUUCAUAUAUAUUGUAAAUAACUGGUAUAAAUGAACUGAAUUAUUGAGUCUGAGUAUUUUUUAACCGCUUUAAGGAUGUCAUGAAAUUGUUUGUUUACAAAUACAUUUAAUGCUAUUAGCAUAAUCUUUUUAUUUAGCUGUCUGUAACACAAUGGUAAAUUAAGCUGGUUUACAGUUUGAUCAGGUUUGGGAUACGUCUGCAUUUAUUAUUUGACUGAUCUUUAUUACUCCUCUCUCUGUCAGGUCAAUGCUGAAUCCAAAUUCAUAGCCUUUUAAAUGUGGCUUAAAGGGAUGUUCAGACCAAAAUAAACAUUGUCUCAUUCUUUCGCCCCAUGUGGUUUAAAACUGUAUAUGACUCUGUAAAAAACACAAAAUAAGAUUUUUGAGAAAUGUCUGUGCUUUGUAUACAUACAAUGGAAGUCAAUGGAGGCCAGUGUUGUUUGAUUAUCAACAUUCUUCUAAAUAUCUUCUUUUGUGUUUGAAAUGACAUGGGGUCAGAUUGAUGAACUGUUCUUUUAACGUAAUAAUGUAGUUGCGAGGAGGUUGUGGAUAAAAUUAGACAAAAACGCAGAAUUAUUCGUUAAAAUCAAUAAAAAUCGUAUCCAGGUACACAAAAUGCACUUGGAAUGGGGUGUAUACAGCUGUCGUUCCACCGCUCCAUACUGCCCCCUGGCUGUUGGAGGACUAAUAUCUCAGUCUCUUUCAGAUAGUCACCAAACUCCUCCUGCCUCAGUGCCACCAUCCCAACAAAAACUAAACACACAGGUAACCUCUUACAGGGCAUGAACGUUUAUUUAGUGCUGAUUUCAUAUAUUCAUAUAAAUGCAUGUGUGUAACAAAAUAUUAAAAUCAAUAAUAUUAUUUCAGAAGUGCUGUUGUGUGUCAAUUUGAUCUCAGUUUAUGACAGUCAUCUGUGAAAAGUGUUGUCUAUCUGUUUAUAAUCACUCUGUCUUCCUUCAAACAUCUGUAUGUUGUCUGAAUGCAGAUGGACUAAAGAGGAGAUGUUUCAGGAUUCAACAGCUGCAGAUGGACUCACAAAGCGAGAGAAACUGUGUGAUGGGGUGAUGCCUUUGAUCACAUGACACUCAUCACAAUGACAUCACAAUCAUGUCACAGGUGUACAUAUAAAUCGUUGUCCAGAAGAUUUUUGCCUUUUUUACACAAAGAUUUGAGUGUCGAUGUUUCACAGUUUUGUCAACGGAACUACGUGCAAUCAUAAAAGGAAUCAUUUAAAUGUAAAAGACUGUUCCGAUGCCAAGACCAUAUAGAUGUUUUAACUGAUGAUGGUUGUAUUAAAGAUGGUUUAAGGAUGAGGGGUUUUUUGACACACCAAAAACUUUAAAGGAAUAUACUGGUUUCAUCUUGACUAUUCUGUCUCUCUUUAUUUAUAUCAAAGAUAAAUCUGAACACAUAGGGCCUGUUUACCAGACAGGGUUUAAGACUAGUCCAGGACUAUCUUAAAUGUUAAUGUGUCUUGACCAAAAACAACUUACACUGACAUAUCUUAUAAUUGAUCAUUGCCAUUGUUUUGCCUCCAGAUGCACACCAGUAAUGUUUUUUGUAAGGUAUGUUUUUUAAAACAACUUAAAUAGCCCAAUUGAACUAAAACCUAGUACUGGUUUAAGAUAAUCCGUGUCUGGGAAACCGGCCCUUAGAGUUUAGAAUAAAGACCACAAACAUAAAUACUGUAUAUUUGAAUGUAUAUGAUCCCAGAAUAUUUCUUUAUAAGCUUCAGGCUAAAUUUACCAAAGCCUUCAAAACAAAGCUGGAAAUGAGUAAAGAGUUUAUAAGAGACCGUGUGAGAUGCAGUGAGCUUGAUCAUGUAUUCUAUUUAAGCCUUACUGUUCAAAAACCAACUUUUCAUAUUAUAUUUAUUCAAUGUUAUAAACUACCUCUGUCCAUUUAGGCUAUUUCAGAUGAAUACACACCUUGUUUAUCCGACAGGAAUGUUGCAUGUUUGAAUUUCUUCUCAAUGUUUAAUCUUCUCUUUGUAUUUGCACUGCAUAUUCGUGAUUUUCCCACAGUGUUCUGCAUCCCAGUCACAAGCACAAACACAGACACCCAACAAGAGCAUUCCAGUGCUUUCAGGACUGUUAAAAACACAAAUGCUGCAGAGACAUCACUGCAAUGUCUUAACCUGCCGCUUCAAACACGCUUGAUGAAAGUUGUGGAUGGAUAAUCACAUUGGAUGACACCUGUCCUGAAUUUCACCUAUAAACUGUGGACAGAUAAACAUCUUCCCUCUUUGUCAUUGAUGAACUCUUGUAAAGUAUUAACCCUUGGGUGUAUCCUUUCAAUUUUGCCAUCUUGACUAUUUGUGUAUAGCUGAACGAAAACACCACGUACUGUAUGUGAAUAACUGCAGUAAUGUAGUUUAGUAUCAUUCUGAGUCUUCCUAGCCAACAGCAAUACAGCUUACUGCAAAUAUUACAUUAUUCAGUGUUUAUUAUAUAUAAAAAUAAA